UCAUAAGCUAUUAGUAAAUAUUUAUUUAGCUAUCUUUAUUUGCUGUCUUUGUUUGAUAAUGCUCAUCUUGCCUGAGUAGAGAUUAUGGAACAGAUGGAACAGCAGGCCACAUAGCCAAUAUUUAUGAUUUCUUUUUCUUUGAGGGGAGGGUUGCAGUGGUGCAGCCACACACCCCUUUUUGACUGGAUGUCAUCACAGGAGCAUCCAGGGACUUUUUAAAAGCAGGUCUGGAUGCCUGUAUGCACAUGCCCAUGGAUGUCUGGUGGUGACUGUGGAGCACUGGGAGGCAUGAGGCUUCAAAUAUUCAGCAAGGUGUACUAAGAGGAAAAGUGAUAUCUUCACUGGUGAUUGCACUUCUCAUGCGAGCAAAUAUUUAAUUUGAAAUUCUGGGCAAUCCUGGAUUUUCAAAAAAGACAAAAUGACUCAGUGCUUUCAGAAAAUGGCAGCUCCAGGGAGAAAAGUACUCAUAGUGUAUGCUCAUCAAGAGCCCAAGUCUCUGAAUGGGUCCUUAAAAAAUAUUGCUGUGGAAGAACUGAGCAAACAGAGCUGCAGUGUCACAGUGUCUGAUCUCUACUCAAUGGAGUUUGAGCCAAGAGCCACAAGGAAUGACAUUGUCGGUUGCUUGCACAACUCAGAACAGUUUAAUUAUGGAGCAGAGUCAUGGGAAGCUUACAGGAAAGGAUGUUUGACAACGGAUAUUGUUGAGGAGCAGAAGAAAGUGCAGGAAGCUGACUUGGUGAUUUUUCAGUUUCCUUUAUACUGGUUCAGUAUGCCAGCAAUUAUGAAAGGAUGGAUGGACAGAGUCCUGACCCAAGGAUUUGCUCACAAUUUUCCAGACUGUUUUGAUGCUGGUUUGCUCAAGAAUAAAUUGGCCCUGCUCUCAUUUACCACAGGAGGGAAUGAAGAAAUGUAUUCAAAAGGAGGGAUCAGUGGUGAUAUUCAUUAUGUCCUCUGGCCCAUGCAGCAUGGCAUAUUGCAUUUCUGUGGUUUCAAAGUCCUCGCUCCUCAGAUCUGCUUUUCGCCCGAGUAUGAAACUGAGGAGAAGAGAAAGGAAAUGCUGACCACCUGGGCACAGAGACUGAAGACCAUUUGGGAGGAGAAGCCUAUAAACUGCACUCCUGAGUGGUACUUCAGGUAAUGUUCAGGCACAACACCAUGGCGAUGAGAAUUUUCUCCUGCUUCUGGCUCAGCUUGGUGUUUUUCUUUCUCCAGUGAUGUCCCUUACCACAUAUAUGGAUAAGUCUCAAUGAACAGUCAGUAACUUGAAUGCAUCACGAUGCUAGAAGGACAAUGGACAGUUAACAAUACGGCAUUUACCUUAAUGACUUCUGAGGGGUCUGGUGUAGUAAUGAGUGACAUUCUUUCCAGACUAGUAUACAUUAGCACCCUGUUCCUAAUAUUUUUUUGUUAAAGCAUAUUGCUUAUAUUAAGAGCAACAUAACUGGCAGAUUAUAGGUUUGUUGCACUACAAAACUUAGAGGUUGCCAAGAUUACUUCCACACCUUUGUUUUGUAACAUUUCCAUUGACUUAAUGAUAUUAUUAUAUCACUGUAUAAGAGGCAGCUCAGCCAGUUACCAAAUUAGUUUGUUUUAUGAAGGGAAAUGGUCUACGUUUGUGCCUUUGAACUGUGCUGUUUGACAAUUAAAGAUGCAGGAAGUUGUGUGUUCCAUGUGGAAACUGUGAUAAUUUGUUUCAAAAAAGGCUUGUGCACGUAUGUUUCUAAAACAACGUGCAUAUGUUUCUGAGAUCAAACGCUGCCCUCCACUCAUGUGGGCCCAGGUACAAACCACCCCAGUGGGGGGGACAGUGGAGCCAAGGGCAUUUCUUUGUCUCCACAGCAACACUUGGUAGCUCUGUUGGGGGGCAUGUGGCAGCACUUCUCAUGGGAGUCCUUGCAUCGUGGGAAAUGUAAAUGGGACAGGGUCCAAAUAUGGACUAGAAGUACCUAAUGGGAUACACUGAUGGGUUGUUAAUAUCUAGAAAUCUUGCCAUGAAGGUUAAAAGGGAUAAUUAUUUGGCUCUGGAGCAUGGUUGUGUGCGAGAGGCUGGGUUGCAUGCUUUAGCAAUGCAUCUUGUUUUGAUCAAUUGCUGUCACAACCUAUACAUUUUCUACUUCUUUGGAAAUCCCUUUCCCUUUAAUUCUUGUGUGUCAAAUUAGUGCUACCAAGUAAUACCAAUGUAGCAACUGUAUUUGAAUCUUACUAUUUGUGCAUUGCAUUAACUUUUCCAAAUAAAAUGUUCCUAUUCUUUCUG